AUGGACAGUAAAGGAAAUGAAUCUGAAGUUCUGCUGGAUGAAAAGUGGAAAUGCGAGUUGGUGUUUCUGGUUGACAUAACUGCGUAUCUCAAUGUUUUAGAUAUCCAUCUCCAGGGGCGGGAUCACAUGAUCUGUGAUAUGUAUGAUGCAGUAAAGGCAUUUCAAGUGAACCUGCGUUUAUGGAAGACACCAAUACACCAAUUGAACUUGUUUCACUUUCCCUGUUUCCAAGUAAUACCGAGCGAAGUCAGUGCCAUGGUGUUCCUAAAGCAACACUUCGCUGAUCAAUUGAGUGUGCCCCAUACUGAAUUUGCACAGUGCUUUAGUGACUUUGAAGCGCAGAAAAAUAAUUUUGAGCUGCUUCGCAACCUAUUUGCCAUCAGUGUGAAAACUGUACAGAUUCAAAUGGAACUGAUAGAACUUAAGUGUAAUGGGACAUUAAAAGCAAAGUACAACUCUGUAGGGCCUGCACAAUUCACUUGUUUCACACCUGAAGCAUUGCCCCAGCUCCAUUUCCAUGCAGCUCAAACACUGUCUUUGUUUGGAAGCACAUAUCUGUGCAAGCAGCUGUUCUCUGUGACGAAGAUGAAAAAAACGUCACAUAGGAGUCGUCCCACAGAUGAACAUCUGCAAUCUAUCUUGAGAGUCUCAACAACACAGAACUUUGUCCCAAACUGCAAUGAACUCAUUGCCAAGAAAAGAUGCCAAGUAUAUAACUCAGACAAAAUUGCAUAA